UUUUCGAAAAGCGCGCCAAAAUUUCUUCUUUUUGCUUUCUCACUCUUUCUAUCUUUCUUCUUUUUUUAUCUUACGAAUUCCAAUUAUAUCGGUCAAUCAAUAUUAAGUUAAAGUGUGUAUUCGAGCGUAAUCGAUUUUAGAAUAUAUAUACACACACACACAUACAUACAUAUAUAUAUAUUCCAUUUUUUUUGUUGAAAUUGAAUCUCGAUAAAACGAAAUUUGAGGUUUAUUAAAGGUUUAAUGCACGGAUAUAUACGCAUAUAUAUCCAACGAGAUCGUUCUUGUGAGAAUUAUUACAAGAUAAAGUUUGUCGGUGUUCUUUUUUCUUUUUUAGUUUGAUCUAUACGGUUAUAUAGGUUAUAUAGGAUCUUGAUUUUUCUCUUCUUGUUCAAAGAAUUUCUUACUCUUACUUUCUCUCAUCUCUCUCUCUCUCUUUCUCUCUUUUUCUUUUUCUUUCCUUCUCUCUUUCUUUUGAAAAGUGAUUUCAAACGAUUCAUCGCGAAAAGAUUUGUCAAAAGGACUUGGAAAGUUUCUUCGAAGUCGACAUCUCUUCAGCUGUUCGUGAAUCAUGCCACGGGACUUCUUGAUUCGUUUGGAGAUGCCCUUUCUGUUGUAAGUCGAUCCUGACCAAAAGGAACUGGGGAUUCAGGAUGGGAAAGCUUUUGAGUCUUCUGGCUCGGGACGAGUCUACCUGUUGCACGCCUCAAAAGUACGACGUCUUUUUGGAUUUCGAAAACGCACAGCCCUCGGAUAUCGAGCGUGAGACAUUCGAUGCCGUGCAAAGAGUCUUGAAAAAUUCUGAAUCUAUUUUGGAGGAGAUCCAGUGUUACAAAGGUGCAGGGAAAGAAAUAAGAGAAGCAAUAUCGGCCCCUACGGAGGAGUGCCAACGAAAGGCUUACUUGACCGUAGCACCGCUCGUAGCGAAGCUCAAAAGAUUCUACGAAUUUUCUUUGGAAUUGGAAAGCGUAGUACCGAAAAUACUCGGACAAUUAUGUUCAGGAAAUUUAACGCCAACGCAACACCUGGAAACGCAGCAGGCUCUUGUGAAACAGCUCGCUGAGAUCCUCGAAUUCGUUUUGAAGUUCGACGAGCACAAAAUGAAAACGCCGGCUAUCCAAAAUGAUUUUAGUUACUAUCGUAGGACCUUGACGAGGGCAUCGUUGACACGACAGGACAAUGCGGAGAAGGACCUCGUUGUUGGGAAUGAGUUGGCCAAUCGAAUGUCCUUGUUCUAUGCCCACGCAACCCCAAUGCUACGUGUUCUCAGUCACGCGACCAUUACUUUCUUGAUGGACAACGAAGAUAUACCGAGGGAGAAUAUUACUGAAACUCUUGGGACGAUGGCUAAGGUCUGUCUGAGAAUGUUGGAAAAUCCCAAUCUAUUGGCCCAGUUUCAACGUGAAGAGACUCAACUAUUUGUAUUGAGAGUUAUGGUAGGCCUGGUGAUACUAUACGAUCAUGUUCAUCCUCAAGGUGCAUUCGUCAAAGGUUCGAACGUUGACGUCAAGGGUUGCGUGAAGUUGUUGAAGGAUCAGCCGCCGUACAAGAGCGAGGGCCUUUUGAACGCAUUACGUUAUACGACGAAGCAUUUGAACGAGGAGAAUACACCGAAAAAUAUAAAGAAUCUUUUAGCAGCAUGAUUGCCAAAACAACGCGGUUGCUGCAUCAGAAGUUGAUUGUCGGUGGCCGCGCGUAUUUUGGUACGAAAGUUUCUCAAGACGAGGUCUCUAUCGUUUUUUAUCGGCGUCUUACGACGGACACAACGAGUUAGCUGUGAGAAUGAAGGAAUGAAUGAACGGAAUGAAGAAAGGAAGAAAGAAAGAAAGAAAGAAAGAAAGAAAGAAAGAAAG